GUCCCAUCGAUUCCGCCUUAACUGUAUGAUUCGUUACGACUACAUCGCACUCAUCGAGCGUUUAAACAGAAUUAUGUAAAAUUUUAACAAGUGUGUUCUUCAACUGUUCGCCUCGAACAUACGGUGCGUCUGACAGUUUUCAUAGUUGUUCCAACACGUCGUGUCCGUGGAACUUUCUGAAUUAAUCGUAAAGACUCGCCGCUAUCACUGAGGAGCGUGUUCAGGAAUCCGCGUGCAGGCGAGCAGGUAAGAGGCGCUCCGGCUCGGGGCUGCGGACCCGAGCCGCGGGGCCGGGGGCGGCGGCGGGGGCGGACAGCAGUACGCGGGGAGACGCGCACGAGAGUGGUCGCCGCUGUCGGCAGAGUGCGGCGCGGCCGCGAAGUGUGAUGCGAGCGCGCCGCCCGCCAUGGCCACGCUCGGCCUGUCCAAGGUGUUCAUCCUCGACAAGUACUUCACCGAGCUGCAAAAGUUCUGGGAGACCGAGAAGAAACUGCAAGACGCAUCAUCCUCCAACGAGGCGGUGCACCUUCAGAGACGACUGCUGAGUCUCAGCUCUGAGCUCGUCACUCUCCGGAACCACCUUCACGUGGGCGGCGCGGCGGCGGGUCCGGGAACCGCGUCGGCUGCUUGCGGGACCGGAGCCCCGGGGGCACAGAGCGGCUCGGGGGCCGCCGGAAGCCCCCCUGGCGCUCAGCCCGCCGUGCCACCGCGGGCGCCUCUGCUGCCACCGCCAGCACCGGCGCCGCCGCUCCUGCCGCAUCAUGCGCCGCCGCUGCCACCAGAUUCUCGAUGGAGAGGCGUCGCAGGUGCCUCGUGCCCGGCGAGCGGCGGUAGCGCCUCGGUCCCGGGGAGUGUGGCGGGUCCGGGAUCCGACGUAGACGAUCUGAUCCACCUGCGCGGUCCGCUCACCGAGGACGCCGUGGUACGGGCGUUGCAAGCCCGCUUUUAUCAAAACAAAUUCUAUACGUCGGUGGGUCCCAUCCUGGUAGCUAUGAACUCGUACACUGACGUGAGUAACGCACUGACUCCGAGCGCCGCGCGCGCUCACCGGCCAGAACUGGCGAGACUGGUCCACGAUGCCGUCCGUCACCAAGCAGACACCGGCUGCCCCCAGGCCAUCAUACUCUCCGGCGUCUCUGGAUCGGGGAAGACAUACGCGUCGAUGGUGUUGUUGCGCCGUCUGUUCGACGUAGCGGGAGGCGGACCCGAGACGGACGCCUUCAAACAUCUCGCGGCCGCCUUCACCGUCCUUCGCUCUCUCGGCACGGCCGCAACGCAUGCCAACUCACACUCCAGCCGCAUUGGUCACUUUAUCGAAGUGCAAGUGACGGACGGCGCUUUGUACCGUACCAAGAUUCACUGCUAUUUCCUGGACCAGACGCGCGUGGUCCGUCCGCCGGCCGGGGAGCGGAAUUAUCACAUCUUCUACCAGAUGUUAGCCGGCCUGUCCGCCGACGAGCGCUCCCAGCUUCACCUCGAUGGAUAUUCCGCUCACGACUUAAGAUACCUAUCAUCUUCUCAUCCUCGUCGUCCAGAACCCGAGGACGGAGCCAGGUUCCACGCAUGGAAGAGCUGCCUCGGCGUGUUAGGUAUUCCAUUUUUGGACGUGCUGCGCGUCUUAGCCGCUGUGCUUCUGCUGGGUAACGUCCACUUCGCAGAUAACGCAGAAGGAAGCGCAGAGCCAAAUGGGGAGGCCGAGUUAGUAGCGGCAGGCUCUCUCCUGGGCGUGGGAGCUGCCGCUCUUAUGCGCGGCCUCGGCACGCGCUGCGCCCGCGCCGGUCGUGUGCCCGCCCGCGCACCAGCCACCGCCGCCGCCGCUGCCGCCGCCCGCGACUCCCUCGCUAAAGCGCUGUACUGCCGCACCGUCGCCACCAUCGUUCGUCGCGCCAACUCUCUCAAACGUCUCGGUUCCACUCUGGGCACCCUAUCCUCGGACUCCAACGAAUCUGUGAUACAGGACGCGGCGUCGCGACGCGCGUCUACGGCGGGAGGCGGGGCGCGAGGCCGGGCGGGUGCUCGCUCCAUGGCCGUCCUCAACGACGCCGUGCGCCACGCGAACGACGGCUUCGUCGGCAUACUAGACAUGUUCGGCUUCGAAGACUCCGCGCCCAGUCGUCUCGAACACCUUUGCGCCAACCUAUGUGCCGAGACGAUGCAGCACUUCUAUAACACUCACGUGUUUAAGUCAUCGGCGGAGUCUUGUCGCGAUGAGGGCGUGUCUGGUGCGCUAGAGGUAGAAUAUGUGGACAACGUGCCGUGCAUCGACCUGGUGUCAUCAUUAAGAACGGGACUGCUGGCGGCGCUGGACGCGGAGUGUGCCGCUCGAAGCGAGCCCGAACAUUACGUGGCCAGGAUUAAGAACGCGCACAGAGGCCACCUCAGACUGGCGGAGGCGCGACCACCGCACGCGCGUCGUUUCGCAGUGCGACACUAUGCAGGCGAAGUCACUUACGACGCGAGUGACUUCCUGGAAGCCAACCGGGACGCGGUACCGGACGAAUUGCUCGCCGCCUUCGAUACACGAACCUGCGAAUUCGGAUUCGCAACGCAUUUAUUCGGCGCCGAGCUCAAGGCGUUGGCCGCGGCGGGUGGUCCGGCUGGCGCUCAGUUCCGAGCGUCGCCGACUGCGGGCGGUGCGGCCGCCGCCGUGGUCGCCGCGUCCACACUCACACAAGACUUCCACACUCGUCUCGACAACCUGCUGCGGACGCUAGUACACGCUCGCCCUCACUUUGUGCGGUGUCUCCGCGCCAACGCCACCGAGACUCCGAUGCAUUUCGAACGUGCAACGGUCGCCCGACAGGUGCGGGCGCUGCAGAUCCUGGAGACGGUACAGCUGAUGGCGAGCGGGUAUCCGCAUCGGAUGAGGUUCCGAGCGUUCAGCUGUCGGUACCGCGCGCUGUGGGGCCGAGGACAUGCCGGCGUCGAGCGUGAGUCGGGCGCGUCCUGUGCUCGCGUUCUGGCCGCCGUGGCCGCAGCCGCCGCCCCGCCGGCGCCCGCCUCGCCCGCCGCUGUGCGAUGGGCGCUCGGUAAACGACACGUUUUCUUGAGCGAGGCCAUGCGUCAGGUCCUCGAACGCAUGCGAAGAGCGCGCCGUCAGGCCGCCGCCGAGUCCAUCCAGGCGGCGUGGCGGGCGUACAAGAGUCGCGGCUCCUACGGGACCGGCACGGCGAGCAGGACGCGCCCCGCACCGCCAGCCCGUCGCCGACCCGCUCCCAUUGCCGGCACGCCGCCCCCCGAACUUCCUGACAAGUGCGAUCCUCAGGUGGUCAAAAGCACCUGCUCUCUCUUCGGACUGGACCUGGAGAGGCCGCCGCCACUGCCGCCGUCGCGAGCCUACACGGUAUCAAACGGAGUGAAGCUGGGGUAUCCUCAGCAGCGCGUGGUGCGCGCGGACUGGGCCGAGGGCGGCGUGCGGCUCCGUGCCGGGGACUGUGUGUUAGCGCUGGGCGCGGCUCCCCGCGGGCUGGUGUCGGUGCAGACGGGCGGACGCACGCUGCCCGUACCUCACUCCGUGCUGGGUCCGCCGCGGGCCGCCCGCUCCGCGCCGCCCCCCCCUCCACCACAUUAGCCGGGAGACCCAUCCUCACACCCCAUUGUAUAUAUAUGAGGUCCAACCCGACCGCGACGUCUCCUCCGAUAUCUCGCUCCGGGCGUCGGCGUCGCCUCGGAGCUCGUCCACGCGUGUUUAAUAUUGAUACGAUAUAUAGUUAUGAACAGCGAAGGGUGGAGAGUUCAACGUCCAUGGAAAGACAAAAUUGUGGCACUUUACGAAUAAAGAGGAGGAGAAGAGUUAUUAAGGGAUUUAUGGAUCGGUGGAGACAAGGAGAGGGUGCUCGGGGUCGAGGGUCAGGGGAGGAGCGGCCGUUGAUAGUGGCCUUACUAGUUUUUUAAGAAAUGAUUAGUUAUUAUGACAAAUAUUUAUGAAUGACACUUUCUUUUAAUAUUAACAAACAUUAAAGACUUCCGUAUCUUCUAAGUCCACCCACAGUCUUGCCGCCAUGAGUCUGAUGAGUCCAUGUAUUCGAAGUCAUGUUGUAUGUUACAUAACGUUAGUUUUUAAUAAUAAUAGAGUAUAUUUGUAA